CAUCUAAACAGGAAGAACUCUGGAGGGUUUUACAUCAUAAAUGACGGGGGUUGAAACAUCUGAAAGAAGGUGCCGCUGCAGGGACACAAAGAAGAAUGGAGAAGAGAAACUGACUGGCUGAAGGGCGAGAAACCAAAAAAAACACACACGAUUGAACAAUUGAACCAUCUCCUCCAUUCUCAAACAGAAUGUGGAAGGAAAAGCUGCCGACACUGAGAAGAUAAAAUGGCACGCAAAAAAGCCAAAGGAGCAGGCAAGAAAAAAGAUGCCAAGGAGAAGCCUGAUGAUGCCAAGGAGAAGCCUGAUGAUGCCAAGCCUGCAGGGGAUGAAGGAGAAAAAAUUAUAAGUGAAAAAACACCCUUGGAAAAAAUAAUGAAUUUUUUUCAAACUCCACUGGGUCUAUUUCUGGCCAUAGUAAUCACCAUCUUCCUUGUUUUCUUGGCAGUACAAGCUGUCAUUAUGUGUCUGAAUGAGUGGGAAAAAACAGCUGACCUACGACAUGCAAUGCAGCUCGUUAAGACAUUUAUGAUGAGAAAAGAUUCAAGCUAUGAAGAUAAGGAUGAUAUUGAAACAAUUUUUGAUGCAGACAAGGUUGCAGAAGAGUUAGCUGUACUGGCUGUAAUGCUUAGUCAAUUGGAAGAAGAAAUAAUCAAAAUUCGUUACAAAUUGAAUCAUGACUGGAUGGCCCAUAAAGAUGCAAUCUAUUUAUUUGUUGUUCAACCACAGAACUGGACUGAAUCAAGAAAAUUUUGUAUGAGACAGAAUGCUAAACUGCUUCGGGUUGAAAAUGCUGAGGAGGAGGAGUUCAUAGAAGGAAUAGCCUAUGGAAAGCACAACUCUUAUUGGAUUGGAGCAAUUAAGGAAUCUAACAAAUGGAUAUGGUUGGAUGACAAGACAGAAGUGAAGCUAUUGUGAAUACUGGGCUGAAAAGAGCCCGAGAAAAGAAGAUACGACACCAGACCAGCCAUUUUGUAUGAGGUUAAAGAAUGACUGCACCAUACCAAGAAAAUGUUGGACUGAUAUUAGAUGCAAUUAUUGGGCACGGUCAAUCUGUAAGAUUAAGCCUCUGAAAAAAUGGAUGAACUGAUGAUGUAGCUUAGCAGUGAUAGGAUGGUAUUCUGUACUUGCUGUGAAAAUACAAGAAGACUGGAUGAGACCCACCAUUCAAACUACAGAUACCACUAUCAACUUGUGAGGCUAUCAAACUCAUGUCUUGAAGAAGCUCUCUGACAUCAGCAUUCAAAACCACCUGUCUUGAAAAUUCAUUUUGCAAUCUGAGUUAGAUGGCUAUAAAGCUGGAGUUGAA